GAACUCGGAUGGCUUCGGUUUCACCAAGAUUCAUCUUUGUAAGCAUUAGCCUCUCUUUCUGUCCAGAAGUGUGUUAACUUUUAAAGUGAGCUGAAGUGAUUUAACCCCAGCUGGGUCAGGACAAUCCGAUCAGACUCGUAUGUCCUUGAACUGGGCUCUCUGUGGAGGGCUUGGCAGUCUAGAUCAUUUAUGAACUGGGCUCUCUGUGGAGGGGUGGGCAGUAGAGGUGGGCUCGGUCGCGAAGCAGUCUAGAUCAUGUAUUAACAGGACGCCAAUCAUACUAAUGUGAGUACAAUUGUUCUCCCCAAUGUUUUUUUUUUUUUUACCAGGCACGAAGAGUUAUGAGCGGCAAAGAGAACGCGUUGUCUCGUCUGCCGAUAAUGUCGGCAAAGCGUCCAGCAACAGCAGCGUCCAGCAACACCAGCGGCAGCAGCAUGGAGAGCACGGGCCAACCAGCCCAGAAGAAGCAGCGCCGGGAGGCGGAGCCGGCGAGGCCCAAGGCGGCCCUCAGCACGGCGCCCGUCCGCCGCCCGCCCGCCGCCAGCGUCUCCCGGGCGCCGCGGGCCACGGGUGCUGCCACGGUGGCCGCCGCGCCGUCCAGGGGCGUCCUCAGGCAGAACGUGGCGUCGGUGGCGCCGAGGGGCGGGGCCAGGCCAGCGGCGGCGUCCAACAAAGCAGGGGCGGGCGGCGCUGUGGCGGCGGCGGCGGGCGGGCGGCGGCCGGGCUGGGACAUGCGGGGGAAAGUGAGCGACAUGCAGGCCAAGCUGCAGUCGCUGCAGAGCCGCGACCGGACGGCGCAGGAGGAGACCCGGGAGCUCCGGGGCGCCGCGGCCUCCGCCCAGCAGAGGGCGGCGCAGCUGGGCGCGGAGCUGGAGGGCCAGAGGAGCCAGAUCUCCGCGUACCGGGGCGAGCUGGCGGAGGUCCGCGGGGAGCUGGAGCGGGAGGCGUCGGAGCGUCGCGGCCUGCAGCGGGAGCUGGGCGGCCUGCAGGAGGCGCACCAGGUGGUGCUGACGCUCCGCGACAGCCAGGAGCUGGAGCUGCGGGCCGGGAGGGCGAAGCUGCUCACGCAGGGGUCCAGCCUGGAGCGGCUCCAGGCCGGCCUGCAGCAGCUCCAGGCCGAACUACAGCGGCGGGAGCAGGAGUUGCGCCUCCUGCAGGACACGGUGGGCCAGCAGAAGGACGCGCUGCACGCCGGCGAGAUGGAGCGGCGGCAGCUGCACAACACGCUGCAGGAGCUGAAGGGGAACAUCAGGGUCUUCUGCAGGGUGCGCCCCCUGGUGGGCGGAGGCCCCAGCCCCCACAUCCUGCUGCCCCCCGACGACCACAAGGCCCUGGUCCUGGCCCGGUCCGAGGAGUCUCACGUGGGCCGCACGGGGGACACCCAGAAGACGUACAACUUCAGCUUCGACCGCGUGUUCGGCCCCAGUGCCAGCCAGCAGGAGGUGUUUGAGGAGAUCUCCCUGCUGGUGCAGUCUGCGUUGGACGGCUACAACGUCUGCUGCUUCGCCUACGGCCAGACGGGCAGCGGCAAGACCUUCACCAUGGAGGGGGGGGACUCUGACGCGGCGGUGGGCGUCAUCCCCCGCGCCGUGCAGCAGGUGUUCCUGGCGGCGCACAAGCUCGGCGCCCAGGGGUGGGAGUUCUCCUUCACGGCCAGCUUCGUGGAGGUCUACAACGAGAGCCUGCGCGACCUGCUCUACACCGGCAAGGGCGGCAAGCGGCCCGAGCACGAGAUCCGCAAGUCGGCCGCCAACGAGAUCACCGUCACCAACCUCACCUACCAGAAGGUCGCCACCGAGGGGCAGGUGCAGAACCUCAUCGCCAUAGCCAACCAGAACCGCUCCACGGCACAGACCACCCUGAACGACCGCUCCUCGCGCUCCCACUCGGUGUUCCAGCUGGACAUCCAGGGAGAGAACGCCGGCCGCGACGUCCGCUGCAAAUCCACCCUGUGCCUGGUGGACCUGGCGGGCAGCGAGCGCGUGCUGAAGAGCCAGGCCCAGGGCGAGCGCUUCAAGGAGAUGACGGCCAUCAACGGCUCCCUCUCCAACCUGGGCCUCGUCAUCACCGCCCUGGCCAACAAGGAGAGCCACAUCCCAUACAGGAACUCGAAGCUCACCUACCUGCUGCAGAGCUGCCUGGGAGGGAACAGCAAGACCCUGAUGUUCGUCAACAUUGCGCCGGAGCCAGACAGCUUCGGCGAGUCCCUGAACUCCCUGCGCUUCGCCAGCAAGGUGAACGACUGCUUUGUUGGAACAGCAUCCGCCAACAAGAAAUAAGGUUUUUUUGUUUUUUUUGAAAAACCUUUUUGUUGCAUAUUUUAACAUGUGAGUUUUCUAAUAAAUAUAAUUUUAGUA